GGCCAAAGUAAACUUGUCCUCUCCCAAACACUUUUUAGGCAGCCAGCAAGUGGGAAUAGAGCAGUAACUGGUUUUAUUUUUUUUUGUAAUUGCUCUGUACAGACUUCUUUAGCAAGUUCAGUACAUUGUCUUAGAGGAAUUCCUUUCCAUCUUUUUUCCACCAAUACAAUCUUCCCCUCUAGUGUUCCAAUUGUCGAGUUUUCACAAUGGCUACUCAAUCAACCACAACUGAAGUUCAGAAGAAGAAAAUUUCUUUCUCCAACUUGCUCCUCGGUGCAGGCUUGAACCUUUUUGAAGCAAGCUCUCUUGGCCAUCCAUUGGAAGUCACAAAGGUUCAAAUGGCUAGUCAUCGCAACCAGAAUAUGGCUGCCGCUAUGCGAUCUAUCAUGUCGCGUGGUGGUAUUCUUGGUUUCUAUCAAGGUUUAAUUCCUUGGGCUUGGAUUGAGGCAUCUACAAAGGGUGCCGUGCUUUUAUUCACAGCUGCCGAAUUGGAGUAUCGGUUUCGGUCUAUGGGCCUCGACCCUGCUGUCGCUGGUGCCCUCGCCGGUAUGGGUGGUGGCAUUGCGCAGGCGUACGCCACUAUGGGCUUCUGCACAUGUAUGAAGACUGCGGAGGUCACACGUGCCAAGCAAGCAGCUGCCGGAGUGCCGGUUCCCAGCACAUUCCGUGUCUUCCUCGACCUUUACAAAAAGGAGGGUAUUCGUGGUAUCAACCGGGGUGUCAACGCAGUUGCCCUGCGUCAAUGCACCAAUUGGGGUAGUCGUUUCGCCCUUUCUCGUUUCCUUGAACGCCCCAUUCGUUGGCUCACGAGCCGCAAUGCUGAUGAUCCUUUGACUACUCCUCAGCGGUUUGCUGCUAGCUGCUUGGGUGGUGCUUUGAGUUGCUGGAACCAACCAAUUGAGGUUGCCCGCAUUGAAAUGCAAAGCAUGGUCAAGGGCAGUUCACAGCUCGGACUUUUGGGCACUAUGAAGUUCAUCUACAACAGAAACGGCUUAAAGGGCCUGUAUCGUGGCGCUGUACCGCGUAUGGGUCUCGGUGCAUACCAAACUGUUGUAAUGGUUUUCCUCGCCGACUACGUCCGUGCUUACUUCAGACGCAACGGUUAUAACAUCUAGGAUGCUUGUUUGUAAAAGGUGUCUUUGAAAUUUCUUGUACUAGUUUUAACAGCAAAGAGUUGGAACUGUGCACUCUUUCGUCUUGAAGCAGGACUGGCUAUAAUCUACUUGUGUCAUACGUGUGUUUGUAUACACGGGACUGAUGACUGUUCGUAUGCAAACACUCAUGAUUUCCCUAUAUCUGUCUCGUCUGUUUUCCUUGUCUUUUGGUACAUCCCCUCCUUUUGUGUCCGUUCACCUUGUCAUUUAUUCUUCAUUACGUUGAUGUUUCAUUUCUAGUUUUGGUUGUUCGUCUCUUAUACCUUUUGUUCUCUUUCCCUCUUACAGAGGACGUAGAUUCCUCGCCUCUCCUCACUUUUGCUUUUAUUUUCGUUAGCUUUGCUAGGCAUGUUCGUCGAAUCUUUCGAGUAAUUCUGGCUGUUACAAUCCUGAGCUAUCUGCUUCUACAAUUUGAGAUGCUGUAUUGUCUGUUGUUUCUUAAACGUUACGUCGUUAGAGUUUACAGUCUCGAAGGUGUGUGCGCAAGUUUAUUUGAAUUGAUUUGAUUUCCUGUUCGACAUUCCCCGCGCAAUGCCGAAAUUGCUUCUCAACCUAUCUCUAUCCUUAAUUGCCACAGCAGUUAAGCUGCUCUGUCAUGCCUGUCUUCUUAUUGAAGCUUUUUUGUUGAUUACGUAUAUUCGUCGUACCUUGGAUGUUUUAUGGUCAUCACUUUUUGUCAGGGCGGCGAAUCCGAACGCAUACCACUAAACACAGUGACCAUCUUUUUUCUUAAUUGCUCCCUUUAUCCUAAA